ACACUCGCAGACAGGAGGACCAGGAGUAUCCUGCACUAGGUUUUUUAAAAACACAUAGCAGCUAAAGUUAUUAAUAAUUUGAACACGUGGGUGUGUUAGAGAUGAAGGCGUCCUGGAGGAUGGGUUACUCAUGAUUGGAAUAAAAGUGUGAAUCAUCGACAGGAGCGCGUUCCAGCAGCUGGAGUAACGAGCACCGACCAGAGGAGGCGGACACGGGGAUCGGGAGGCAUGUCGUCCGAAAAACACGGGCUCGAUGAUUCUGGCCGUCAGAACAUGCAGCCUCCUCCGUACCUGCAGGGGCUGCAGGGACCCCAGCGUGCCCCCCCAGCACCCCAACAUGCCCCCCCAGCACCCCAACAUGCCCCCCCAGCACCCCAACAUGCCUGCCGGGGUAGGAUCCCAGCCCAACUACCCUCCUCCUCCUCCUCCCCCCGGCUCUGACGGAUACCUCCAAGAAACUCAGUUCCACUGCGCCCCCAUGGGGCCUCCCGGGGCCCCCCAGGGCUACACCGUCCAGACCCAGGGCCCCGGGGGCAACAUGCCACACCCCCCAGUUGGAUAUAUCCACCCGGGUUAUCCCCUGCAGCUGCAGCCCUGCACGGCCUACGUACCCGUCUACCCCAUGGCAUCGGGCCAGCCCUACAUGUCAGCUGGAGGAACUCACCCGGGAAUCCCACCUGGCCAAAUCCACCCCAUGCAAAUGCCCCCCAGCAUCACCCUGAUGGACCGCCGACCGCCACACGACUACCUGCCCAUCGCCGUGCUCACCACCGUCUGCUGCUUCUGGCCCACGGGCAUCAUCGCAAUCAUCAAAGCAGUGCAGGUGCGUACGGCGAUAGCCAGAGGGGACAUGGUGACGGCGGAAAUAGCCUCCCGCGAGGCACGCAACUUCUCCUUCAUCAGCCUAGCUGUUGGAAUCGCCUCCAUUGUGCUGUGCACCAUCCUCACCGUGGUCGUCAUCAUCGCCUCUCAGCACCACGAUGACGACUGGGAGCCAUAACUCCUCCUGAUGGGGGGAAAAAAAGAUAUAUUAAAAUGGCCAAUCCUGGUACUCGUGAGCCCCUGUCCAGCGUGUCUUAGAUGCUGCCCUGCUUCAGCACACCGUGAUGCAAACAGCUGUGUCACCAACAGAGUUGUGCAGACCUUGAGGACAAGCUGAUGAUGACCAUUAAAUUGAAUAAGGUGUGUGGAAGCAGGGAAACAUCUAAAACGUGCUGGAAAUUGCUCUUGGGGACAGGAUUGACCAGCCCUGGUCUAGAUUAAUACUCUCAAGCAUUUGGUGGAGGGAAUAGGAAAACGCACUGUUUCCGCUUGUGUGCAGACACACACACACACACACACACACACACACACACACACACACACACACACACACGGCUCAGACCUAACCUACUUCCCUCAAACACUUACUUACAAGUAGAAGCAGGCAAUCACAGCUUUUUCAAAUGCUAAACAGACAGCAGUUGUCUGAUGGGUCUAUUAUUGCUGCUAGGACAGUGAUUAUUUAAUAUUCACACAAAAAUAUGAGCUAAAGGAGAGAAACAAAACACAUUUCAUUUACAAUUAAUUUGGUCAGAUUCUGUGCAAUUCAGUAUUAAUUUAAACAGAAUCUAUUGAAUACACCCUUGUGAUACUAAACAUUCAUAAGGGAAUAUUUCGUUUAGUUAAACGCACAUUUUUGUCCUAAAAAGUACAAGUGUGCAUGUUUUUUUUUUUUUCAGUGAAACAUGAAAUGUGCCAUGGUGAAACAGCGUUACUUUACAGAGGGGUAUCUUUUCUCAGAGAAUGGUUAGUGUUUGGAUGGAACAAUCAAUAUACAUUUGUGACACGCCAAAUGGAGACUGGACUGAGUUUCUGACGUCAUCCAGAUGAGUAUUUAUUUGAGAUCAAUUAUUUGUGUGUUACAUGCACAUCUCAGCAGUAUUAAAUUACACAUAUUUUAUGAAUUAUAUAUUUGUCAUCUUAUUUAUUAUUUAUGAAUUUGUUCAAUAUGUACCCUUUUUUUACCUUGUCUGCUGUAAUUAAUAGCGAUUUGUUGCAGCUAUUUGAGAUGUUGAAUUGGCUUAAGAUUUUUGAUUUAGAAUUAUCAUACUGCAUUUUAUAGCAACCAGAUUAGCUAAUGCAGCGGCUUAUAGAUCUUACUGUGCAUGAUGAAUAUAAAUCUGGGCUGAUGAGAUUUUAGUGAUUAAGUAGCUUGUCUGCUAGCAGUCAAUGGAAAUAUUUCCUAAAAUUUCAAUGAAUGUGCGCUGCAGUAUUUUCCAACAUGUCAAAUAAGCUUCUGGACAACGAAAAGAGGCUAUUUAGAUGCUCUUUUGCAAGUAUUUUAGAAGUGUAUAAGCCUUUUUUGUGUUGCACAUGUCAUGCUAUUUACUCUCUCGGACACUGUUAUUAGUGCAACAUUAGACUCGUGAGGUGAGGCCACAUAACCUUGCAUGUCAUCCUAAAUUUGGUUCCAUUUCUUUUAAAUAUUAAGGCUAGAGUAGGUUGUCUGGUUUCCAUAAUGUAGCUCUGGACAGCGUCUGUGCUGUCGCUGUAUGAACUAUUCCAGUGUGUGAGAUUUCAGGGGUUAUGAAAUGAAUGUUUCCAGUUGGAGAGGGAAAAUAUGAACGCCUAUACUAUUGUAGCACUUUCCAAUCAGUGAAAACUUCAUCCCCUGGUCGUUCCUUAUCUUUCUCCUGUCCACACACGUUAUUGGACCUAUCAACAUAUCUAAUCUGCUUCCCUUUUUUUCUGUCAGUCCGUUUGAUGAAGGUAUUAAAAAGAGAGAGAGAAAUAUAUAAGAAAAUAUUUUUAAAUAUAUGAAAGUAAUGUUUAUUGAUAGUAAUCACAAAGAGAGACAAUAUAAGCAAAGUUUAUGCCAUGGAUUGUUAUUAAGAUUAUUGUUAUUACUGCUUAUGUGUUAUAUUUAAUACAAAGAAACACUUGGGCCUAUUUAUCAAUUAGGAACAAGGACUUACUCGUAUUAUUGUUAAUAUUUUAGCUCUUAUUCAAAAUCAUUCAGAAUAGAUUUUCUUUGUAAGAAACACUCAAAAUCCCUUUCAGCAGUCACGUGUAUUUAGUAAAAACAACCACCGCUAAUAACUGACUAAUUCCUGCAUUGCCUUGACGAGCAAUCUUGUGGAUUGUUAAGGGAAUGAUUGAACUCAGAACACGAUGAGGAUUGUUAUUCAAGAAUUUGGAUCGCUUUUUUUCUGAAAGCAAUUUUUAGACAUUUUUGGAAAUACUUUCACUAGAAACUGCAGAUUAAAGCCCCUGUCCUAUCUGAACAACAACACUUGUAUGACAUUCACACGCUCCUAUAGCAGUCAUGUUUCCCAAGGUCGUUCAGACUUCAAAACACUCAUCUGUAUUUAAAUUAGAACCUUGACAAGAAUGACGUGCCUUAUUUUAAUGCCUAAAGUUAUAUUUACGCCUGUGAAACAGACUAUUGCUUUAACAUUCCAGCCACUGGAAAUAAAUAACAGUUACUGGUCAAAUAAUGGAUCUAUUUGAAUUGCGACCAGUGUUCCCAAUUAAAUUACCAAUACCAUGUCACAAAAUUGAAUAUUUGACAAAAUGACAUGCAUGGUGGCAUUUUGCACCAUUUAAAGGAGCUUGAGGCAGGAUUUAUGAAAAAAAAUUCGUAAAUGUUUUAAUUUUUCUAGUAAUAAGGUCAGAUGAAGCGUUCCAAACCAAAAAGAAUGAGCCCUCUACCGUAUUUCUCCGUUGCCUUGAACAGGCUGUGUGCUGCAAAAUGUGCUGCAGUGCUGGGGCCGAGUUUCCGGCGCUGUCCUGCGGAUGUGACGUCACAUGCCGGCUUCACUGUUGGCUGCAGUACCCCCGACGGCCGUCGUGGCGAAUGGUGGCGCUAGAGAGUCUCAUUUCUUAAAAGGAGCCUCAUGCUCCUUUAAUAAACCUUUCUAAAUCAAUAAAAUACUUAGGCUAAUUUUAUCAAUCCUGUUUUUUGCACAUAUAUAUAAUGGAUGUUGUGAUUAACAUGGAAACCAGGCAUACUAAAGUGGAUUUAAAUGGAAUGGCCUUGAAACUGCAAGAUAAACCAACUGACUCUAACUUACAACUGAAACCUAUCAACAAUUCAGAAGCCAAGCUAGAUAAUAAAAAUGCAGGCAAUGCAAAUGGUAACUUUUUUUUAUUCAAAGAAAAUUAACAGCCACUUUUAAGUUAUUUCUUCCAGGUGAAAAUAUAAACAACUCUCUCACAAUUCAAGUGCUCAGAUCUCAGAAGCUUUUCCUUUUCUGAAACUGCAAAUACAACCAAGGAUAGCUCAUAUCCUUUUACAGCAACAACAGCAACUUGACAAACCAAAGACACACAUUUUAACCCCUAUCUAAGUUGUUGGAGGUCAAAUUAGAAGGUGUUCAUUGUACUUUUGUAAAAUUGGAAGCAAUUAAUGUGGAUUUUAAUGGAAAGCACUUUGGUCACCCUGUGUGUUGUAAAGGGCUUUAUAAAUAAACAUUGAUUGAUUGAUUGACAUAAACACAUUUAGCUCAAAGGCUGAUAGCAUUACCUGCUUAGCACUUCUAAAUUAGUUUUUAACACAGUAUCUCUGUACAUCUUUUUUUCCGUUUGUUUAAAGAGAGACUUAACAUUAAUUGGCAAGCUCUCAAGGAGUUAGCAACUGUAUUUUAUUUUAUUUUAUUUUAUUUUCGAGUUUACUGCAUUGCUCUUGCUAAAUCAACCGCUACAGGACUGUCUCAGAAAAUUAGAAUAUUGUGAUAAAGUCCUUUAUUUCCUGUAAUGCAAAAAUGUCAUACAUUCUGGAUUCAUUACAAAUCAACUGAAAUAUUGCAAGCCUUUUAUUAUUUUAAUAUUGCUGAUUAUGGCUUAAAGUUUAAGAUUAAGAUUCCCCAGUGGCGUCAAUUCAGUCAAAGCUAAGGUAUGGCAAGGUUACGAGUCACAUAACUUAACUAGAGUAUCAAUCAACACAUCCAGCAAAUACUCAUCACAGAGGUCUGCUAUGUAGCUGAUCUGUGUGGUCAAGAAAAUUGGAACUUUUUCAAAUGCAGUCUCGCUCACUGCAAAAACUAAAAAAAAAAGGAAUAUUUGUCUUAUUUCUAGUUAAAAUGUCUAAUUUUUAGUCAAAAAAUCUCAUUACACUUAAAACAAGAGUCAUCACCAGAAAAAUUACUUGUUAUUUUACCAUUUUCACCUGUUUCAAGUAAAUUUUCACUUGAAAUAAGUAGAAAAAUCUGCCAGUGGGACAAGAUUUAUCUUCUCAUUAUAAGCAAAAAAAUCUUGUUCCACUGGCAGAUUUUUCCACUUAUAGUGAAACAGGUGAAAAUGGUUGUUUUUGAGUCUUGUCUUUAAUUAAAUGAGAUUUUUUUUUACUAAAAAUUAGACAUUAUAACUAGAAAUAAGAUAAAUAUUCUUGUUAAGAUUUUCAGUUUUUGCAGUGUAUAAUAACUAGUGAAAUCGAUCAUGUUGUUCUGAUUUAUAUUUGUAGUUAUUCUAUAUGUAUUAAGUAAUAGAAUAGUCAAUACAAAUAGACACAGAGUUAUUCCAUAAAUGUAUUAAAAAAACAAACAUUUACAUUUUCCCUUGAAGCCAAGGUGUGGCGGCUGCCGUACCUUGCCAUACUGAAUUGACGCCCCUGAGAUUCCCAGAAUAUUCAAAUUUUUUGAGAUAAGAUAUUUGAGUUUUCUUAAGCUGUAAUUGCAAUACAGAAAAUCACAAUAUUCAAAUUUUCUGAGACAGUCCUGUAUUUAUUUCUGCUAGAAGCCCAAAUAAAGUAUAUUUCUGAACAUGUCAAACUUAACCUGACAUUUUUCACUGUCCAGCCUCUUUAUUAGUUGCACCUGCUGAAGUGGCUGGUGAGUGUAUAUCACUUUAACUUUAAAUUACAGUCGUAAAGUUGAAUCAUUUUCCUUGCUUCCCUUUUUGAUAAAUAUAGCCCAUGUGGGGGGACAGACCGUGACAUUCAGUGUUCUGAAGUGUAAAUGAAGCUCAGUGCUGUUUGGUGUUAAUAUUGUGCAGAUGUCUCUGGCGGUGAGUGUGUAUCUACUGAAUAUAGAGACUUCUGUCGUGUGGCACUAGGCUCUGAUAACUGCAGCUGUUUGCUCUACAGCUGAGAGACGAUGCCUCCUCUCUUCUUGUUAUUUUUGAGGUCGUUUUCCAGCUUGUAAAUGUGACGGGUUUGCUUGAAACUGACAAGACUUAACCUGUGUACAUGUGGGGUUUAUUAGUCUCUUUCUGUUUCUUGGCUUGUGCACAUGCAUUGGUUGUUUCUGACUUCAGUUGUUUUGACUAAUGAAUAAAAGAAUAACUCUGGGUUGUGGACGAAACGUCGGCGAAGGCGCCGUCUCGUUUCCUUGUGUGUUUUUCACCUCUUCAUCCUCUCGGUCUCUAUGGCAUCUCCUCUCUCCCUCAUCACCGAGCUGCUAUUUAUAGUUGCCCCGCUUUUCUCUCUCCCCUACCCUUUCUCUUUCUGUCAGAACAUGAUCCAGAGAAGCUCUCGCAAUCUUGCUUUUAAUCACUGCAGGUCUUGUGGGUAUUUUGUUCUGCAGCUAAUCAUUUUUUUAUUAUAUAUUUUCUUUUGCACCAUAAAAAAUAAUUCUAACUUAUGAAACUAUGCUGAAGCAACAUGAAAUCACACCAUGAGUCACUCUCUUUCUUCAUUUUUAGUUUGUUUUAUCACUCUCCAAAAUGAAUCUUUGAACAACAGAUGGCGUACAAUCCUUUUUGUGUACAUUAAAAUCAGGGGGAUGAUUGUCAUGACGUUGCAUUGAUCUCUCCAUUAACUCUCUG